CUGAACCCUUAACCAUUGCACUAUCAGGGCUCCAAAAACAUAGAAGAGUUUUAACGGAACAUAAAUAAAAAUGAAUGAACCGUGAUGAGUUCAUUGAGAAAACUCGAAAAAUAUGUUCUUCCUGAAAAUUUACCCAUGUUAGUAUCAAAUAAUAGUGCAUGUGUUGAUCUAUAAGGGACAAAAUUACAUAGGUGAACUCAGCUUCCACAUUGGACCCCUGACUCCCUGGAGGAAAUCAGGUUUAAGUUUUCCAGCUUGGCCAGGCCUGGUUGCUUCUCAUGCUCUGGGAUAAGUAAAUUCAUUCCUCUGUGAUCUUGUUGCCGGAAAGAAGAGCCCACGGAGCUGCAUGAAGAAUGCAGGCAUGUGCUCUGCGGGCUGGAGCAUGUUCUGCCUUCAGUGCAAAUGCCUCAGGGUGGAGCAUUGCCCUGAGGCUGGGAGGAAGCCAGAAACCUGUCACUCCCUGCUUCCUCAACACUGUUUCCCCCCAUCCUUCUUCCAUUUCAGGUCUCAGGUGUGGUGCAGGGAGAACUGGGGACCUAGGGCAACCAUCUUGCACAUCCAUAAACCAGAAGUCAGGAUUUCAACAGCUCUGACUGGUGUGUGGAGCAAACAUUCAUCUUCCAAACUGCCCAGUGCUCUGCUUCCACUCCCAUCCCUGUUCCUGAAGUGGUUUCUUCUUGGGCUCAGAGAUGACAUUCCUUUAGACUUCUGGAGGCCAGAGAAGGAAAUGGACUCAGUGGUCGCUGAGGAUGUGGCCAUGGUCUUUAGCCAAGAAGAGUGGGCUUUGCUGGAUCUUGCUCAGAGGAAACUCUAUAAAGAUGUGAUGCUGGAAACCUUCAGAAACCUGGCCUCAGUAGUCUCUCGAAACCUUAGUGAUGGAGAAAAGUUAUCCAGUGAACAUAUAAUGGUGCAAUUCAUUAAGAAUAACACCUGGUCUUCCAUGUUAGGAGAAAUCUUCGAAUCACAUGGCAAUAAAGAUCAGCAUGAAAACCAGAGGAGACAUUUGAGAAGUCAUACAAUAGAGAACCUAUGUGAAAGUAAUGAAGGCCAUCUGUGUGGGAAAACCUUCAGCCGGCUUCCAAAUAUUACUGUCCUAAAAAAUAAUCCUCCAGAAGUAAAUCCUUUUAAAUGCUAUGAGAGUGGAAAAGCCUUCAUGGAUCACUCAUCACAUAAGCAUCCUACCAGAUCUCACACUAGAUGCAAUACCUUUCAGUGUAAGGAAUGUGGAAAAUCCUGCAAUUGUUCCUCUCACCUAUCCACUCCUAUGAGAAUUCUUACUGGAAAGAAACCUCAUAAAUGUAAGGUAUGUGGGAAAGACUUCAUUUGUAUCUCAAUGCUUAAGAAUUCUGUGACAACACUCAUUGGUGAGAAACGCUAUCAAUGUAAAGAAUGCGGGAAACAUUUCUGUAGUUUCUCAUCCUUUUGGACACAUUUGAGAGGCCUUAAGUGUGAAUGUAAAGAAGGUUGCAAAACCUAUAGUCAUUCAUCCAUUUUACAUAAAAAAUUUCAUAAUGGAGACAUGCUUUAUGAAUGUAAGGAAUGUGGGAAGGCCUUUAGUCAACCAUCACACCUCAGUGAACAUAUAAGAAUUCACAGUGGAGAGCGAUCUUAUGAAUAUAAAGAAUGUAUAAAAGCCUUCAGUGAUUCCUCAGCCGUCACUAAACAUAUAAGAACUCAGGGUGAAGAACGGCCUUAUAAAUAUAGAGAAUGUACGAAAGCUUUUAGUGAUUUUUCAGCCCUCACUAAACAUAUAAGAACUCGCAGUGGAGAGAGGCUUUAUGAAUGUAAAGAAUGUGGGAAAGCCUUUAGUCGUUCUUCAUCCCUCACUAUACAUAUAAGAAAUCACAGUGGAGAGAAACCUUAUAAAUGUAAGGAAUGUGGGAAAGCUUUUACUCGUUCGUCACUCCUCAGUUCACAUAUAAGAAUUCAUAGUGGAGAGAGACCUUAUAAAUGUAAGGAAUGUGGGAAAGCCUUUAGUCAGGUCUCACAUCUCACUAAACAUAUAAGAACUCACAGUGGAGAGAGACCUUAUGAAUGUAAGGAAUGUGGGAAAGCCUUUAGUUGUUCGUCACACCUCACUUCACAUAAGAAAACUCACAAUAGAGAAAGGCCUUAUGAAUGUAAGCAGUGUGGAAAAGCCUUUAGUCAGUCAUCAUACCUCACUACACAUAUAAUAACUCACAAAGGGCAGAGACCUUAUGAAUGUAAGGAAUGUGGCAAAGCCUUUAGUCUGGCCUCAUCGCUCACUAGACACACAAGAACCCACAGCAGAGUGAUGCCUUAUGAAUGUAAACAUUGUGGGAAAGCCUUUAGUCAGUCAUCACACCUCACUACACAUAUAAGAAUUCAUAGUGGAGAGAGGCCUUAUGAAUGUAAGGAAUGCGGAAAAGCCUUUAGACACGCCUCAUCCCUCACUACGCAUAUAAGAACUCACAGUGGAGUGAGGCCUUAUAAAUGUAGGGAGUGUGGGAAUUCCUUUAGUUGUUACUCACACCUCACUUCACACACAAAAACUCACAGUGGAGAGAGGCCUUAUGAAUGUAAGGAAUGUGGGAAAACCUUUAGUCAGACCUCAUCCCUAACAAAACAUAUAAGAACUCACAGUGGAGAGAAACCUUACAAAUGUAAGGAAUGUGGGAAAGCAUUUAGUUGUUCUUCAUCCCUCACUACACAUAAGAACACACAGUGGAGAGAAACCUUAUGAAUGUAAGGAAUGUGGAAAAGCCUUUAGUCAGGCCUCACACCUUACUUCACAUAUAAGAAUUCACAGUGGAUAAAUUCUUCUGUGUCAAAAGUGGGAUGUUUCAUUCUUACUGCUGUAAUUUCAAACAUCAAAUUUGCCAAAGUCUUUGAUAAAAGAACAGAGUAUCUCAUAGGAAAGCAGUACUAACUCAAAGAAGGGGUAUUAGAGCUAUUUUGUGCCUUUGGGAGAAAUAAUAGUUUCAUUGUAACUGCAGUGCUGCCCUCAUCAAUGUUUUUUAUUUUCUCAGUCCAAGCUAAAUUUUACCUUUCUUAGUCUUUGGCUGUUAAAAAUAAGGCUGCAGGGAAAUAGCUUUGAGAAAACGUGGUUGUAUAUUUUUUAAAUGUUUUUAUUGAUGUUAUUUUACACACAAUAAAAUACACUGAUCUUGUAUUUA